UUAUAAUGCAUGAUAACUGCGCAUGUUCGGAGUAUUGCGGUAUUCCGAAUGCCAAUUUGACUGAUCACGACAAGAGACCAUUUGCCGAAUUUCUGAAGGAUGUUUGUCUGUGCAGUAUGUUUUGUACUUCCUCUUCUAUUUCAAGACGUAUUCACCACAAACAAUACUGCCUUCUCCACAAGGCUGGUAAAAACAUUGUUGGAAAAUUAUGAUCCACGCAUUCAUCCUGUUCGAAAUGCAGGGGAAAACGUAUCUAUAGCAGUGAACAUUGGGCUCAGACAGCUAAUGGAGUUGGAUGAAAAGAAUCAGGUUAUCAAGCUCAAUAUUUGGAUGCGUUUGUGGUGGAAUGACCCUUUUCUUAGCUGGAAUAAGAGCGAAUAUGGAAAUAUUACACAAAUAAUUUUACCAUUUGCAAACGUCUGGACACCGGACAUCACAUUGUUUGACAGCGCUUCUUCCGUAAUGAUGCCGGGUCGGACAGAGUAUCGACCGAUCGUCAGUCACACCGGUUCCGUCAACUACUUGUUCUCUACUAUAGUGGAUAGUGUUUGUCGGGUCAAUGUUCAAUAUUUCCCCAUCGACACCCAAGUAUGUCCACUGAAGUUUGCCUCUUGGUCAUAUUCGGGAGUAGAGAUUGACCUUUACCCAAAGACACCAACAGCAGACACUGAUUUCUACAUCACUCACAAUGAAUGGGAUAUGGACUCCGCUCUUGCCAGGAGAAAUGUAAUGUACUACAAAUGCUGUACGGAACCAUUCCCGGAUGUGACGUUCUACAUUAAGAUCCGUCGCAAACCCUUCUUUUAUCUUGUAUCCGUGCUCUUUCCCUGUAUGCUGACGUCAUCUAUCGCUACUUUGGGUUUCCUUUUGCCUCCAGAAUGCGGUGAAAAGAUUUCUCUGAAUGUGACAGUUCUGCUGUCAUUGGCUGUUUUUCUGUUAAUGGUAACUGAUCAGCUUCCUGCUUCAUCUGAACAUUUCCCGUAUGUAGGGAUGUAUAUGGCAUCUUUAAUGAGCCUUGUGGCCCUAUCGCUACUGAUGACGGUCUUGGUCCUAAACAUACACUUCAAGCAAUCAUUUGGAAACAGGGUUCCUCCGUGGAUGCGAAAAAUAUUCAUUCAGUAUCUUGGAUUUUGCUUUGGUCGAAAUUGGAGAAAAGCAUCAUACAAGAAGUCCAGCAACACAUACAAGAGUGAAUUUAAAGCCAACGAAAGAAGCAUAUUGUGCAAUUCUGAAAAGAACGUGAACAACUCUACAAGAGAACCUGUUGCGUGUAGAAUUGGAGGCUUUGGACAAGAAAUCAUCGACGCAGGUGAGGAGCACGACGUCGGUGACGAUGAAGCUUUAAACAGAAUUGAUGUCAACGAAUGGCACGAGGUCGCGAUAAUCAUGGACAGAUUGUUCCUAGUUCUAUUUAUCAUAUUUACGGUGACACCGACUGCUUUGUUUCUAUCUUUGAUGGCAAGUGGGUGAUCAUUCUAUGCUAUAUCAAAAUCUGAACUUUCGUUUUCUAUGGCGCAUGCGCAACAAGAUGUUGAUACCAUGACAAAAACCUUGUGGAUUUUAAGAAAAUAUAUUGGUAAAAAAAAAAAUGAAAAUACAUUUUUCUUUACUGAUGACAUUAUGUUGAAACGAUAAAGGACUAUACAUGUAUAUGCUAUUAACAUCUUUAAAGCUUAAAAGGGACUGAAAUAUCCUUUAUUUAACGAAAAAGAUCAUUACCAAAACAGUUUCACAUAAUUUGUCUUUGAUAUUUACAAUCAUUUGGAGUACAUAACACCAAUGUAAUGCAAUUUCUAUCAAAUUUAGUAAAUGCAAUGUUUUAAUAACUUCUGCUUCAAGGAAACAGCACAGCUUUAGACAAACAAUUUUUUUUCCGUAUGUAUACUGGAAAAAUUAAUCUAUGAUAGAAAUUUUGUUAACGUUUGCACUCAGUAAAAAAACCCUGGAAAAUAACUGCACUGAAAACGUCGAUAACACUUUGUCUCCCUGAUGUCAUCAUUCGAACUCUAUGUCAUUUUGAGAAUAACUAUGGAAUUGCAAAAAAUACACUAUAUAUUGAAAAAGAAGCACGAGUGUUGAAU